CCUCGCCUUCCUGCUCAAGGAAAGACUUUUUUUAUUUUGCCCAAACACAGCGAGUUUCGGACUCCGACCCCGGAGAGGCGGGCGGCGAUGGCGGAGGAGCUCAUCGCGCCGGUGUACUGCACGGGCGUCUCGGCGCAGGUGCGGAAGCAGCGGGCCAGGGAGCUGGGCCUGGGGCGGCACGAGAACGCCGUCAAGUACCUGGGGCAGGACUUCGAGGGGCUGCGCGCCGCCUGCCUGCGCGGCGGCUCGCUCUUCCGCGACGACGCCUUCCCGCCCCACGCCGCCUCGCUCGGCUUCAAGGAGCUGGGGCCCAACUCCGCCAAGACCUACGGCGUCACGUGGAAGAGGCCCUCGGAGCUGUGUCCUCGCCCGCAGUUCAUCGUGGACGGAGCCACGCGCACCGACAUCUGCCAGGGAGCGCUGGGCGACUGUUGGCUGCUGGCCGCCAUCGCCUCGCUGACGCUCAACGACUCCAUCCUGCACCGUGUGGUGCCGCACGGGCAGAGCUUCCAGCACGGCUACGCCGGCAUCUUCCACUUCCAGAUCUGGCAGUUCGGGGAGUGGCUGGACGUGGUGGUGGACGACUACCUGCCCACCAAGGACGGCAAGCUGCUCUUCGUGCACUCGGCCGAGGGCUCCGAGUUCUGGAGCGCGCUGCUGGAGAAGGCCUACGCCAAGGUGAACGGCUGCUACGAGGCGCUCGCGGGCGGCAGCACCUCGGAAGGCUUCGAGGACUUCACCGGCGGCGUCACCGAGUGGUACGACCUGCGCAAGCCGCCCGCCGACCUCUUCCGCAUCAUCCUCAAGGCCCUCGAGCGCGGCUCCCUGCUCGGCUGCUCCAUCGACAUAACGAGCGCCUUCGACAUGGAAGCGGUGACCUUCAAGAAGCUGGUGAAGGGGCACGCCUACUCGGUGACGGGCGCCAAGCAGAUCAGCUACCGCGGCCAAGCCCUGGGCCUCAUCCGCAUGCGCAAUCCCUGGGGAGAAGUGGAGUGGACCGGCCCCUGGAGCGACAACUCGUCCGAGUGGAACGCGGUGGAGCCGGCGCUGAGGCAGCAGCUCAUGGUUAAGAUGGAAGACGGCGAGUUCUGGAUGUCCUUCCGGGAUUUCCUGCGGGAAUUCACCCGCCUGGAGAUCUGCAACCUCACCCCGGACGCCCUGAAAUACAAGUUCCGCAAGUGGAACACGAAGCUCUACGACGGCACGUGGCGGCGCGGCAGCACCGCCGGGGGCUGCCGCAAUUACCCGGCCACGUUCUGGAUAAACCCCCAGUUUAAAAUCCACCUGGAAGAGGUCGACGACGCCGACGACGCCGACGCCGGGCGCGAGGCCGGGUGCAGCUUCCUGCUGGCGCUGAUACAGAAACACCGGCGCAGGGAACGCCGCUACGGCAAGGACAUGGAGACCAUCGGCUUCGCCGUCUACGAGGUCCCCCCGGAGCACGUGGGUAAAGCGGGAGUCCACCUCAAGCGGGGAUUUCUUCCUGGCCAACGCGUCGCGCGCGCCCGCUCCGAGCAGUUCAUCAACCUGCGGGAAGUGAGCACGCGGUUCCGGCUGCCGCCGGGCGAGUACGUCGUGGUGCCGUCCACCUUCGAGCCCAACCGCGAGGGCGACUUCGUGCUCCGCGUCUUCUCCGAGAAGAGAGCCGGCACCGAGUGAGCGGCUCCUCCCCGCCCCGACCCGCGCGCUCCCCGCCUCUUACCUCCCCAGAAAGUGCUCUCCGAAAGCGAGAUCGACGACAACUUCAAGCAGCUCUUCAAGCAGCUGGCGGGCCGGUAGGAUAUGGAAAUCAGCGUUAAGGAGCUGCAGACAAUCCUCAACAGAAUCGUAGGAAAACAUAAAGAUCUCCGGACCAAGGGCUUCAGCGUGGAGUCGUGCCGCAGCAUGGUCAACCUCAUGGAUAAAGACGGAAACGGGAAGCUGGGGCUGGUGGAAUUCAACAUCCUGUGGAACCGCAUCCGGAAUUACCUGGCGGUUUUCCGGAAGUUCGACCUGGACAAGUCGGGCAGCAUGAGCGCCUACGAGAUGCGGCUGGCGCUGGAGGCCGCAGGUUUUAAGCUGAACAAGAAGCUCCACGAGCUCAUCAUCACCCGCUACGCGGAGCCGGACCUGGCCCUCGACUUCGACAGCUUCGUCUGCUGCUUGGUGCGCCUGGAGACCAUGUUCCGGUUUUUCCAAGCGCUGGACGCGGAUAAGGACGGAGUCGUCGCCUUCGAUUUGCUGAAGGUACCGCGGGGGCUUCGCCGCGGCUCCGGGCGCCGCUCGGCCCCGCUCUCACCUUCGCCCCUUCUUCCUCCUCCUCCUCUCCUCCUCCUCCUCCUCGCCAGUGGC